UUCACCAAACAACCCUCACCCCAAUCUCCCACUAUAAAAAACCAAUCACUCUCCGUCAUCCAAAUCCGUGAUAAAAAAGGCAACACAAUUUCCCAAACACUAGUGUCCUUUUCAUCAUCACCAUCAAUGGCUAUCAAACAAACCCUAAUUCACCGUAUUUUCAACCUCUGCAACAACCACAAUUUCUCCCACCAAACUCUCCGCCACUGCCGCAUUUCCUCCGCCACCGCCGCUGUUCACGUUCUUCCGCCGCCCAAUCCCGAUCCACCCGCACCAGAUCCCGGACACUCCACACUUUUCCGGCGCUUUCUGCACCGGAAUCCGGUCAACAUCUCGCCGGAUAUCCUCCGCCCGAGAAACGAGAGUAUGUUGGAGAAGUUAAAGGAAAUGGAUAUUACGAGAGGCCGGAUCCGUCUCGAUGUACUCUCUCCGCCGCCGCCGGAGUCCGAGAUUACGGCGGCGGAUGCGAGGAAGAUACUUAGGGUUUCGCAGAUUGAAAAAGUGAAAGCGAGAUUGAACAGUAGGUGUGAAAAUCACGUUUCGUAUGAUGAAUUUGUGGAGAUCUGUGUGGAAGGAUGUGCGAACAGAGAUCUAGGGUUAGAUCUGGCGAAAGUUUUGGAUGAUUCUGGAUUUGUUAUCGUGUUGGGAGAUGUCGUGUUCCUCAAGCCUGAACAGGUGGUGAAAGCCGUAUACGGCUUGCUGCCUCCAAACUCGCCAGCGACCCACAACCCUUUAGUGAAAGAAUUGGAAGAGAUGGAGCGGUGGAAGGCCGCCAUUGACACCAAGGCGAAAAAGAUGGUUCAACGAGAGCUAUGGGGCGGUCUGGCGUACCUAAUGGUCCAGACUGCCGGGUUCAUGAGGCUCACGUUUUGGGAACUCUCAUGGGACGUGAUGGAGCCCAUUUGCUUCUACGUCACGUCGAUCUAUUUCAUGGGUGGAUACGCGUUUUUCUUGAGGACAGCGAAAGAGCCUUCGUUCGAAGGGUUCUUUCAGAGCAGGUUUAGUUCGAAACAGAAGAAGUUGAUGAAACGUGAAGGGUUUGAUGUGGAAAAAUAUAAGGAGUUGAGGGAAGCUUGUUACCCACGUCAAGAGGCGUGGCCGAAUGGAAGUUUGGGGCUAAAAAGUCAAUUCGCUUGAACAUAGAUUGAAAUUGUAGAGGAAAUAGAAAUUUUAUUCUAAGGCCCCUGAAAAAAUCUCUAUUUAUCUCUUGAGCCCUUUUAGAUUGAAAAGUGGCAUUUUGUAAACUUGACAUGGCUAGCUAGCCAUGUUUUGUUUGUGUUUCUGACCGUUUUCUUUUGGUUUGGUGAAAGUUCCAUCGAGAUCA